AAAAGUUGUUGCACGUUACGUGCACACUUCCAAGCAACCAAAAUUCUUCCUGUAUUAAAUCCGCGGAUAAGGAGACGACUUUUGAGGCGCCUCAAAAGUACCCCUAGCUUGAGACGAGCGGUCGAAGGUGUGAACACCGUCUUCAAAACUAGGGGUCCGCGAUGAGGAAGGGCUGUUGGUUGUUGUUGCUUAACAUGACCCACUCCAGCAGGGCCAUGACCAGAAGUGCAUUGUGACACCGCUCCCUCUGUAGAAAGCCGCUAACCGCAUCGAGUCCACGUCUCAGGGGUAUGCUGGGGUAGAGCGCGGAAACAUCGUACGUUGCCAGAAGAACAUUUCGUGGAAGAGUCUCACACACCCACACUCAUGCACACACACACACGCAUGCACAUGCACGCAGAGAGAGGCACAUGCACAGGCACAGGCACAGGCACAGGCACAGGCUUAGGCACAGGCACAGGCACAAGCACAGGCACAGGCACAGGCACAGGCACAGGUAUACAGCAACACGGAGAGGGGAGAACAGAGGAGCGCGAGAGUGGGUAUUCGUGACGAUCCGGCUCAGUGCGGUACAG